AGCUAAAAAUAGAGAAUGACAAGCAAGAGAGAACCUCUGUUAGAACAGAUCCAGUAUAACAGAAGGAAUCAAAAGGCAGCAAUGCACUCUCUACGGUUCCUGAGUGCUGGGGCUUUGGUGUCCAACAGAGAGCUGAUAAAAGGAAAUAUUGGCAGUGUUGCACACAACCUUUUCCCUCUUCUUUUUAAGGCAAGUUACUUACAGGAACAAGGGGAAGUUCUUCACGAUUUGGUGGCAAACUGGCCACUGAAGGAACUUAACAUUGGAAAACUGUUGGGGAAGACAACAGACCACCAAGAAGACAUCAGUAGCAGAGCCUGCUCAGUGUGCUUGACCAGUUGCCUAACUGGCCUUAGAGACUAUGUGCUGAAUUGUACAUCUCCAUAUGCAAAGAGACUCAAACUGGUGGACUUAACAGGCCUAAAGGAUGUUGAGGUUCAGCUCUGCAACUGUAGGAAAACAAUGGGACGCUGGGCCAGGACAGAGCUGCUGUCGAAGAUCUGCUAUGAUCUGCUUGUUGAAAUGCAAAGGCUGCAGUUCAAUCCAGAUGUGUUUGAGAUUUCAGUUGACGUUCUUACUGAUGUCUUUGUUACUGAACGAAGUUAUGAGCUGGUUGUCCAGGCCUUGCUUAUGAGGUGCCAUUGCCCACUAAAAAUUCGCUGUGCAUCCUUCCGAGUGGACAACCUAGCCCUGCGGAAGCUCUUCUACAUCAUAAAGCUUACAGAUCCCUCUUUGCUGCUCAAAUUUGAAAUAGUCCACAAUGUUCGGUUGGAAAUGGAACAUUUGCACAUGCUCUUUAAUAACGUCCACUUUCCUCAGCUGACGUCGCUCACACUCCCAGCUAGGACGUUCGAUGUACGAAGGUUCACCCCAGAGGAUGAGGCCAUUCUUGUAGGAAUUGGAGAAAAGUUAAGCCAGAUGACUCAAUUGACUGAGCUGAGCCUAGCAUUUUCCACACUCACAGGAAGGAUACGAAAACUACUCAGCCCACUGAAAACCCCGCUGAAAGUGCUGGAUGUUUCCAACUGCUCUUUAAACCACGUGGACAUGGCCUAUUUAGCCAACAGCCUUCAUUCCAGCUCCCUGGAAGUCCUUGACAUCAGCGGACAUGACGUGGGUGACCUUUACCCAUCCACCUUCUUCAAACUUCUGAACCGUUCCUCCUACACACUGAAGAAUCUCGUCCUUGAGGAAUGCAACAUUCAGGACACUCACAUAAACAUGCUGAUUUUGGGGUUGGUCCCCUGUCGGAAACUAGAGGAGCUGAAAUUUCUUGGAAAUCCUCUAUCUUCUCGAUCAUUGAAGUGCCUUUUCAACAUUUUCAUUGAUUUCCCAAGACUCAGAUACAUUGAAUUCCCAGUCCCAAGAGACUGUUAUGCAAAUGACAUCAGUUACCCAAUUGGUGAAGCUGAUCUUUCGAAAUUUGAUCACCAAAAAUAUGAGAGAAUAGCUGAGGAACUUAACAUGAUUUUACUGCAGGCGAAGAGAGAGGACAUAAAGGCCUCUACGCCCAUCUUUGGGGGAUAUGAUGCAGCAAUACAGGAAACGGGCAAUGAGCUUGGAGCCACUUUGCUGAAGUCUUUCAGGGAUGCCCUAGAAAGCUUCAACAAGGCUCUUCAGGAGAUGAACUGAAGUCUGAAGAAACCUGCUGAACCAAACAGUGCUACUCAAAUCCAUUAAUCAAAUAAAAGCAUUCAUUUAUUGGAAUAAUUUAGAAAACACAUUUAGGGUAUAUUCUGCUACCACGGUAGUCUCCUGAGCAAGCCCAGUGA